GCUCAUGUUGAGAAUAAGAUUCCAAAGUUAGUCAAAAGAAAAGCAUCAUGUAAAGUUAGUCAAAAGAUAAUCAAGGAUCCCUUAAUUAUAGGGAUCCUCAUGAUGUUGUAGGGAUCCUCAUGAUGUUUUAGAAUAUCAGCUCCCUUCUUAAUACUAUAAAAGGGGAUGAUUGUAUAAGCAGGAGAUAUCAAGAAAAAAGAAAUACAAUUACAAUCUUUAGCUUCUCUUUAUCUUUCUCUAUGCAUUAUGAUGAUACAAUGUUUUAACAUGGUAUCAGAGCAGGUUUAACCAUAGGAACUCAGAAACGAAUCAUUAUCGUUCAUAAUCCAAAACCAAAACAUUCCUAGCCAAUUCAAAUCAGUUUGUGGAGAAACUCACCGGCGACAGUUUCGAUCGCCAUUCCAAAAAUGAAGAAAGCUUCCAAAACCAGCGGCAGCGGCAAGCCCAACGCCCCUCAGCUGCGCAAGGACCGCAAGUCAGGCUCGGGCCUGCUCGGCUCCCCUAAGAAAGGCGGCCAUGGCGGCAAGUUCACGUGGGCAGGCGACGGCUACUCCACGGUCGAGCUGGGCCGCUCCGACAUCCACCUCGCCGGCUCCGCUGUAGAGGAUUCCGCAAGCGGGUGCGGCGCCACAAGCCCAAGCCCGGCGGGCAGCUUCAUCAUAAGCUCAUGCAGAGCCACCACAUACCCCGCCGUGUGCGAGAAAUCCCUCUCAACAUACGCGGCGACAAUAAACAAGAGCCCGAAGCAGCAGGUGAUGACGGCGCUGACAGUGAGCGUGGACACGGCCGAAUCAACCAAGCCAUUCGUGAAGAAGCUCACCAAAUUCCGCGGGCUGAAGCCGAGGGUGCGGUCCGCCAUCAAGGACUGCUUGGAGGAGAUGAACGACGGCGUUGAUGGCCGAGAGACCGCCGGAUCGGCGGUAGCAGUGGGUAGAGCCGAGAAGUCCGAGAGAGGAGGGGGAGAAAACGCGACCGGCAACCCGGCUAGCGGCGAGGCUGCCGGCGUAGAUGGCCGAGAUGGCCAAGGAAGCAGCAGCUCGGCGACUGCCGGCGCCUCUGCCGGCGUUAAUGGCCGAGGAACCGAGAGAUAUCAGCAAGGCGGAACCAAGGGAGAGAAAGAGGCGCAUGAUUUAGGAUAUCAGGACGGGGGAGAUUAUUGGGCGUGGCACUGAGCGGGAUGGAUUGUACUAUGUGGAUGAGAUAGCUCAACAAGGCAAGGUGAUGCUGGCUCACGGAACUGCUGACCGGGAAGCCUGGCUUUGGCACCGUCGGUUAGGGCAUCCAUCCAUGGGGUAUCUUAAGCUUUUAUUUCCUAAAUUAAUAAAAAAUGGUGAGAAUUUAUCUUGUGAAACUUGUGUUUUAGCUAAAAGCCACCGAAAAUCUUUUAAGCCUAAUGACACACAAGUAAACUCCAUAUUUUCUCUUGUUCAUUCUGAUGUUUGGGGUCCUUCACCCGUGGUAGGGGGACAAGGUUUUAAAUAUUUUCUGUUAUUUAUUGAUGAUUGCACUAGGAUGACAUGGGUAUAUUUUUUAAAACACAAAUCUGAAGUUUUUGAAAAAUUUACUCAUUUCCAUACUAUGGUUCAAACUCAGUUUCAGAAAAACAUCCAAA